AUGCAGCACUCCGCGGGCAGCCCUGCCGCCAGUCCAAGGCGCCAGGCCUCCCCUUCCAAGUCGGCGCUGAAGGCCCAGAGGCGCGUGCACUUUGCAGCGGAACCAGAGGUGCAGCAGUUUACCGCAGACGGGGAAUCAAGCGAUGCCGAGCAGGGCAUCACCUUGCCCACCGACGCCGACGCCAGCGCCAAUGCGGCGCAAGAUGCGCUGCCCGCGCGCCUGGCCGCGCAGCAGCUGGGCAGCCUGGCGGGGAUGUCUCGCCAGGUGCAGGAGGCCAUUCUGCACAGCCAGCGGCUGUGUGAGCGCCAGGCGUCGGUGGCUUGGCACCAUUUGCAGACAUGCCAGGGGCAGCGGCGGCAGUCUGUGCUGGCGGCUCGCCAUCAGAGCGACCUGGGGCACCUGCGCCGGUGCCUGCAUGCCUGGCGGGAGCAGUGCGGACGGCAUGAGUGGCAGUCGCAGGUCCUGUGCCGAGCGCUGGUGCUGCUGCAGCGGCAGCUGAUGGCCCGCUGCUGGCGGGAGUGGCGUCGGCAGUGCUGGCUGCGAUGGUGGAAGGUGCAGCUGGAGCUGAGGGACCAGCAGAUACAGCUGCUGGGUAUUCAGGCAAGCCAGGGCAGCAGCAGGCUGCGGCACCUGGAGAGCCGGCCGGUGCGCUACAUGGCACGCUUCCGCUUGCGUGCCUGGCUGGCAGCCUGGCGGCGGGCGGUUGAGUACCAGCAGGCAAAGCGGGCCAUGUUGGCAGCAGCAUCGCGGCAUGCUUCCCGCGCAGCAGCGCUGUCCACGUUUGCUGGGUGGCAGGCAGUGGCGGACGAGAAGGCAGCUGAUCGGCGGGACUUGCAGCGAGCAGCCUGGAGGCAGCAGGCGGCACUUGCCACGGCCACGGCAGCUCUUCUGGCCGAGCAAGCGCAAGUCAGGGCCGCCCGGCUGGUGGCCUCUGCCUUUUGCGGCUGGCAGGCAUAUGUGGAGGGCAGGCAGGGCAGGCAGCAGGCGGAAGAACUGGCGAGAGCCUCGGAGCAGCUGCGCGUGCUGGCAGCCGAGAGCGAGCAGCUGAGGCGGGACAAUGAGCGGCUGUGCCGCGUGAUUGACAGCGGGGACUGGGGGCGGCAGCGGGUGGAGGAGCUGCUGCAGGCUGGUCAGGUGCUGCAGGAGGAGCGGGAUGCCCUGGCCAAGCUGGUGGGCAGCAUGCAGCAGCAGCCGCAGCAGCAGGCGGGCUCGCUGCUGGCGGCGCCUCCGCCGUUGCACAACGCCACCAACAGUCCCAGCGUGGCUCAGCAGUUCCGCAUGCCUGCAGCCGGCAUGCACCCUGCUACAGGCAGCGCCCAGCCGGCUUGCCUCAUCGCCGCCAAACGGCCCCCCGGCUGCACCGGCGCCGCCGAUGGUGGCGGCUUGCAGCCCGCCUCCCGCCCCGCCUCGCCAGCCCGCAACAAGCUGCUGGUCAGGAGCGCUUCUUCUUUCAACGCCAUGGUGAGGGCCUUGAAGCAGGACCUUCUGCCCAGCGGCGCCCUGCAGCGCAGCCCUGGGGCAGUGUAUGAGGUGGACAAGCUGUCCCUGCACCGGCUGUCCGUGGCGGCGGCCGACGGCGGCGACGGGGCGGCGAUGGAGGUGCGGGCGGUGGGCAGCCCCGACCGGCGAGGAGUUGCUUUUGGCAGCAGUUACCCUGCCUCGCCCAAGCACCAGCUGGAUGUGGCAGCAGCAGGGGCAGCACCGGUGGGGCUCCCCGCGGGAGACCCGGCCCGCCAGAGCGGCAGCGGCCUGCUGGCUGCGGCACUGCGGCUGCAAGGAAUUGGCGGCAGGAGCGUGGGGCUGCAUAGGGGAAGCAGAUGA